AUGGCGCAGCCAACGUACCGAAUUGUGAACAUUGGGGUCAUAGGUGGCUUCGGCAUGGUUGCUAAUGACGACAUCCCCAGUGGCGCACUGAUACUGCAAGAAAACCCUCUACUUGUCGUGGACACACAGAUUCUCAACAGAAACUGGAACGGCGGUGCCACAUUCUUCAACGAUGAGCGGGAUUCAAGAACACAGAGAGUACGGUCAGCGUUGAGGUCGCAACCCAGGAACCAUCGACACGCUUUCAGAGAUCUUGCUAACGGAAUCACCCCUCCGGGAACGAAUCAAACGAUACGAGAUGUCAACAUUGUCGAAACAAAUGCUUGGAACUUCGAAAACCCCACUGUAAACAACAAUACCUGGCUAGCCGUUGGUAACGACUUCAGCCGAGUCAAUCAUUCGUGUAUGCCGAAUGCCCGUAUUACUGACGUCUGCACAGUAGCCCCCAACCUAGGCCAAAUGAGACUGUUAGCCACCCGGGAUAUUGACGCCGACGCGGAGAUUCUGGUAGAGUAUGCUCAAGACGGCGUGUGGCUACAGCCCCGCAAUGUCAGGAGGGCUAUUCUCCAGCAACACUGGCACUUUCAUUGUCUGUGCAAUGCUUGCCACAGCAAUUAUUCCACCUUUUUCGAUGCGAAAUGGGAAUAUGCUAACGUGCUGAGGGCCGAGAUUUAUUUCCAGCUUCCUGCACCCCAGCAAACCUUCAUAGUGUCGCAUCGAAUCGAAGCUGCGGAGCAGUACAUCGACAUCUUGAAAAAGGGUGGCUUUGGAGAUCGGAGACUUGUGCAAGCAUAUAUUAGACUUGCUGAACUCUACAUGCUGGCUGCGAAGUACACUGAUGCACACGCUGCUGGUGGCCCUGGGGUUGAUAUUGGCUCAGAGUAG